AUGGACAGUGUUAAGAGAUGGCUCGACUUCUGCCUCAAGAAUCAUGGGGAGACCUGUGAACCAAUCGACAUAAGACCGAUACCGAAUCUCCGCGUGGUAGAUUGUACCACGGGUUUGAUCGUUCCAGCAGAGCCGGGCUGUAAGUAUCUAGCAAUGAGCUAUGUAUGGGGCACCGUUCCAUCAAAGGAACUUGAGAACGGCGAGAACCUGUUUUCAGUGAACAGCCCAAUCUUGAUUCGAGAUGCACUCUCAGCCACCAAGAGGAUAGGAUACCGUUACAUAUGGAUCGACAGAUACUGUAUACCUCAAGAGGAUGGCAAAGAACGACACUCACAGAUCCAGCAGAUGGAUUUAGUUUACAGCAAGGCACAGUCUACCAUCAUUGCCAUCUCAAGCCCCGAUCCUAGCCACGGCCUUCCUGGCAUAGGAAGUCGGGAAAGAGCAACCCCCGUUACGAUCUACAUCGGCAAUGAGCUGCACGCUUAUGUGCCGCCUCACCCAUCUGCAGAAGUCUACGGCUCAGUGUGGAAUAGUAGAGGAUGGACGCACCAAGAAACGAUUCUGUCUCGGAGACGCAUAUUCUUCUGUAAACAACAAAUCUAUUUUGAAUGUUCCGGGAUGCGCUGCCACGACACUAUGAGUGCGCCUUUAGAACUUCUCCAUACCAAGGAGCUCCGAACGUUCUCUAAAUGGAACAGACCCGGCCUAUUCUCACGGGUCAGACAGACCAAAGAUCCGUUCAAUGCAGUAUUCGACCAUAUUGCAUUAUACACCCGACGCAACUUGACUCAACCAGAAGACAUCUUGAAUGGAAUUAUGGGAACAUUCCAUGCUUUUGAGAGUAUUUACGAUUCUUUCCGACAUUAUCUGGGGAUCCCC